AUGACAUCGUGGAGAUACAUAGCCGCCCUUUAUGCACGAUUUUUUGGUAUUCCAUUAUUAAGUUUAGGAAUAGUGGGUGAUAUUUUAAAUAUAUAUAUAUUUUCAACAGUAAGUAUGUAUCGUCAAACAGCAUCGACAUUUUAUCUAUUAUGUGCGGUUAUUGCAAAUUUUAUUCAUCUAACAUGUGCAAUGAGUACAAGAAUUCUUAUUGUUGGUUUUGAUAGUGAUUUAACACGUUCGUCUCUUCUAUGGUGUAAAAUUCGUCAAUUUAUUGUUGCAACUUAUGCUCCAUUGGGAUUAACAUUUGGAUCUUUGGCAACUUUUGAUCAAUUUUUGGUGACAUCACGUAAUGCUCGUUUUCGACAAUUUAGUAAUAUUAAAAAUGCUCAUCGAAUUACCAUUGUAAUUAUCAUUAUCUGGCAUGCUCAUAGUAUUCCUUUUCUCAUUUACAAUCAAAUACGAAAUAUGCGUCGAUUAGCUAAGUCUGGUCAAUUAGCCGGUGCUGAUCGUCAAUUAAUUAAAAUGGUUUGUUUACAACUUAUUCUUGUUGUUCUGGCUGCAAUACCUUAUGGAAUUUAUAAUACAUAUAUUUUAUCAACAUCAAAUAAAAGCAAAAAUGCUGAACAAACGGAUCGAGAUUUGUUAUUUUUAACUACUACAAGUUUAUUAGGUCUUUUUAAUUUUGGAGGAAGUUUUUAUGUAUUUCUUGCUGCUUCAAGUCGUUUUCGCCAAAUAGUUCGAGAACAAUUAUUUCGCUGUUGUAAAGUGCGAAAUGAAAUUAACCCUAAUACAAUGUCUUCAGUGAGACAACCAUAA